AUGACCAUGGCGACGACCGACGGCGAAAACACAUUUCACGGCUUCGGAACGAGACCAGCGGGAACAGUCACGACAAUCACGAGCGAGAGCAACUCCAGGCGCGCCGCCGGGCGCUCGAACCGACACUCCCUGCUGCCUUUUCGCCACGUGUCGAGCUCUUCCGAGGAAGAUGGCGGGAACAGCAGCAACCAUCGUCAUAGCCGGCGCUUCCACCAGGGCCUCAAGCUUCUCGAUCUGACGGCCAAGACACGCGUGCAGAGCAGCGGCAGCGAACGGCGAGACAAUCACCACCAUCAACACCAUGUCCGGAGCCAGGCAUCGCAGGGCUCUGGCAGCGGCACCGAUGCGCCGUCGCCGUCUGGCUCGACAACGUCGUUUCCAGCCAUGACAAAGGAAGAGUUCGAGGCACUGCCGCCGACCAUACGAAGAAAGUACUUUUCCACUCUCGAGCGUCUUCGUUUCGCCCAGGACCCGGAGCCCGAAGACUCGGACACUACUCCGUCCGUUUCCCUCGACAAUCUCCCCAAGCUCCAUCCUAAUAUUAACCCUGCCGCGACUACCACCACAACCACCAGUCCCUCGGCCGCCGCAACCUCGACAGGCAGAUCACUCCAAGACAAGCAUCAGCCUGUUCGUCUCACUGUCCUCUCCAAGCUGCCCUCCGAGUCUAUCCCCCUCGCCUCUUCGCCCCAGCGUCCCAGAUCCGCCCUGAUUCGCCUGCACUCCAGCCCGGCCUCUGACCGACACACCACCAGCAAGCUCGGCCUGGGCAUCAUACAUAAAUCCGACGACUACCAUCUCUCCUCUCGACACAGCGUCAUUCUGGAUGCCACCGACGAGGCCCUGAUCAAGCGCGGAAAACGACACGCCCACCUCACUGCCCGUCAAUCCCACGGCCACUUAUACCGCACCGCCUCCUUCGACCACCUCUCCCCCAGGAUGCAUUCACACACCGUCGACGCCGCCUGGAUGGACGGUCGCCUUAAGGAGACGGAAGACUCGUUAUAUGACAGCUUCCGUUGGCUGGAGGACGACGCCGACCUCGAUCUACGCCUUGACCUCGACGACUACCACCUCGGCCUUCGCCAAGACGUCGUCAACCGCAAGAGCCGCUCUGCUUCGAUCCGCCGCAAGCUCUCCAUUUCUUCCAAAGUCACAUUCGGCCGUGCUUCGUCUACGUUGAGCCGUCCUACCACAAAGGACGCUUCUACCCCUUUUGGCGGCUCAGUGCUGUCGCUGCAAACCCCCUCUGGCCAUGGCCACGUCCGCAGACGCUCUCGAGCUCUAUCCCUCAUGUCUGCCAAACAGCCGCCGCCCGAGGUCACCGGUGCUGCCUCUUCCCCGCCUCCGCCGGCAAUGGAUCCUGCCGCUCACUAUCAAGAUCCCGAAGCCCGUAUGAAGCUUCGCGUCUACCUCGCCUCGCCUCACAAGUUUGACGAAGCCGUCGAGUUUGGCUUCCCUUCUACCGAACAACCCAAUAGCCCAACCAGUCCACCCAAGCGUGUCGAUUCGUUGCCACGUAACACGGAUCGUGGCGCCGGCCUCCGUAUGCAGACCCUCGUCGAGGACAAGCGAUGCUCGCUCUACAGCGACGAGACCACCGCAACCGAGUCUGACUCACCUCGUACCCCUGACACGCUGGAGAAGCCCUCGGAGCCGUUCCCCGUUGCCGCUGCCGCAGACCAAGACGAAGACCGCGAACCCCCGAAGGUCGACUAUGCGCAGGCCCAUGCGUACUCGAGGGAAAUGACCCUGCGCAUGACCUUGACUCGACCGGACCUUCGCGCCAACGAGGAUCAGAUGUACGGUUGGCAAAAGAACCGCGCAACCACAUCGGACGGCCUCAGCUCGCCGCUCGGUCCCAGAACGGAAGACGAGAUCAAAAAGGACAGCAUUGAACGGGAGCUGGCCGCCAUUGACCAGGAGAACAUGCUGUACCCAGAGCAGAGCUCGAUGAAGCGCUUCUGGAAUCGUGUUCGCCGCACAUGA